AUGGCUGGGAAUUUUUUAUUUUGGUUAACUGCUUUAUAUGCCUUGAAUCGACUCGAGCAACGUCGCGUAUUAUGGAAAGACAUUGCUAUCAUUCACGCACAGCAACAAGGCCCGUGGGUUUUGAUGGGUGACUUCAACAAUGUCAUCCAUAUCAAUGACAGGAUUGGUGGAAAUGAUGUGACAGAAACGAAAUAUACCGACAUAUGUAGCAUGAUGGAUAAUGUUGGAUUAUUUGAGAAGGAAAGUAAGGGAAGCUACUAUACAUGGUCAAAUAAUCACACUGCAGGUACAAUCUAUUCUCGUAUUGAUCAUGUGCUUGCAAAUGUUGAAUGGCUCCAACAGCAUACUGAUAUUACUCUCCAUAUUUUACCUCCAAGUGUUUUGGAUCACUCGUUACUACUCAUGACAGGUACUGCAAAUGUACACAACCAGUAUAGAAAACCAAUCUUCAGAUUUUACAACUGUAUUAUGGAUUUUGAAGGAUAUAGUGCACUGGUAGAGAAAAAUUGGAACGUCCCAAUCGUAGGAAAUCCAAUGUUUAUCUUGUGUAACAAGCUUAUGCGAUUACAACCGGCUUUGUGUAAUUUCAGUAAACCAGCCUGGCAUAAUGACCAACAGCUUAUUCAAGCCAGAAACCGACUUAACACAACACAAUCCUCCCUUGAGGCCGACCCGAUGAAUGCUACGCUAUUAACUCGAAUUAAGGAGCAGAAACUAGAGAUUCUAAAAUUACAGGAACUAGAGGAAAAUAUACUGAGACAGAAAUCAAAACUGGAUUGGCUUAAGUGGGGUGAUGGCAACAACUCGUACUUCCACGCAUCCGUAAAAGCCAAAAACAAUUCAAAGAACAUAUCACAUCUCACCAAAGAGGAUGGCACAGUAUUGACAGUACAGGCUGAUAUUGAAAAUGAAGUCUUAGAUUAUUAUAAGAACUUGUUAGGCACUGCUGACAGCACAGUUCGUCACAUUGAUGUCGCCGCCAUGAGAGAUGGACCACAGUUAAACAUGGAUCAACGACUGUCCCUCUUGGCACCUAUAACAGAACAGGAAAUUCAUACGGCACUUAAAGGUAUUGGGGACUUGAAAUCACCGGGAAUUGAUGGUUACGGAGCCCGUUUCUUCAAAGGUAGCUGGGAAACCAUUAAAUUUGAUGUGGUAACAACAGUACAGGAUUUUUUCCGCCAUGAUCGCCUAUUUAAAGCAUUUAACGGUAAUGUGGUGACGCUUAUUCCGAAACACUGUGACGCUCAAUCCAUUAAAGACUACAGGCCAAUAGCAGGGUGUACCACUGUCUAUAAAAUAAUCUCAAAAAUACUUACUACAAGACUGGGUAAAGUUAUAAGUGAUAUUGUCCAUAAUUCGCAAGCUGCAUUUGUACCGGGUCAACAAAUCCACAAUCACAUCCUACUAGCGUAUGAACUUAUUAAGGGGUACACCAGGAAAGGAGGCACCCUGCGAUGUAUGCUUCAAAUUGAUCUUCAAAAAGCUUAUGAUAUGGUAAAUUGA